AGUUUGCCAUUGACAGGCAGGUGAAGGAACCAAUCGGGAUCCAAAACGGCGGGGCCGGGGCGGGCGCGGGGAGGUGCGGGCGGAAGCGGAAGCGGCGGCGGCGGCGGGGGAAGAUGGCGGCGCGGCGGGGCCCGGGGCCGGUGGCGGUGCUGGCGCUGCUGGCGCUGCUUGGCCCGGGGUGGCCCCUCCGUGGGGCCCGAGCCGCGCUCAACCUGCAGGAGCUCAGCGAGCUCAAGUACGGCCUCGAGAUCCUGGCCGAGCCCGUGCUGGCCGGGCAGCACCAGGCCGGGGAUGUGGUGACAGUGGCCUCGAGGUUCAAGCAGCGCUACGAGUGCCGCCUGCCCCCCGCGGCCGUGGGACCCCCCCCCGGCCCCCCCCGGGACCCCCGGCUCUACAACGGCUCCGGCGUGGCCGAGCUGCUGCGACCCAUGGGGACAGCGCCCUGUCUGCUCAAGACCAAGGACUGGUGGACGUACGAGUUCUGCUACGGGAGACACAUCCAGCAGUACCACCUGGAAGAGUCUGAGAUCAAGGGUGACAUCCUCGUCCUCGGCUAUUACCAGUCCGCCUUUGACUGGGACGACGAGACAGCCAAGGCCUCCAAGCAGCACCAGCUGAGGCGGUACCACAGCCAGAGCUACGUGAACGGCUCCCGCUGCGACCUCACCGGCGCGCGCGAGGCCGAGGUUCGGUUCCUGUGCGAGGAGGGUGCCGGGGAUUACAUCGCCCGCGUGGACGAGCCACAGUCGUGCUCGUACGUGCUGACGGUGCACACCACGCGCAUCUGCCACCACCCGUUCCUGCGGCCGGCCCCGGGGCUGGCCCCGCAGCCCAUCCGCUGCCAGCCCGCCCUGUCCCCUGCCCAGUACGUGCAGUACGUGCGUGCCCAAGUCUCUGACACCAAGCGGAAGGUGGAGGAGAUCUCGGAGGAGCUGCGGACGCUGGACACGCGGCUGUGGAGUGACAGGGACAGCGAGCCCCCCUCCCAGACCCCUGAGGGCAGCCAGGCUGGGAACCAGCCAGACCCAGCCAAGGAUGUGACAGUGGGGACCAGGAGGCCACAGCCACAGCCGGUGACCAGCGGGACAGCACCAGGAGUCCUGCUCCAUCCUCUGUCUCCUCCCUGCAGGAGCCAUCCCCGAGGGCAGCUGGUGGCCGGGCAGCUGCCCCCUGUUCUGGGUUCCCUCGUAGAUCCACGGAAAGAAGAAUCCACUUCAAGGUGAUCCGGAGCCCUGGGGACUUGCUGCAGUUCAUCGAGGAGCUGAAGGAGACCACCAGGAAGGCCAAGAAGAAGGCGAGUGAGGAGGAGGAGGCAGCAGCAAAAUCUCCCCCAGCCCCACCUGGCCCCGCAGAGCCCCCCAGCCCCGAGGCACCGCCUGACCCCGAGGCCUCCCCCACGGGGAGGAGGAGGAAGACAGGAGGAGGAGGAGGAUGAGGAUGAGGAGGAGGAGGCAGGGCCACUGCUGGCGGGGCUGGAGCUGCUGCCACGGGAGCAGGUGGCGAGGCUGAAGGAGGAGGUGAAGAGUCAGAUGGAGCAGGAGUUCGACAGCAUCAUCAGCGAGGUAGAGGAUGAGUUGGAGACCGAGGGCUGAAGGGGGAGUUUGACCGGAGCCGCGCAACGCGAACCCUCGCGUCCACCCUGACGCGGCUGAUGGACCGGCUGGACAGGGCUGACCCCCAGCACGAGCUCCCGAGCCCGCCGCGACCCUCCCGGGGCCCCCCCCGCUCCCGGGGGGCACAGGGAGGAGGAGGAGGAGGAGGAGGAGGAGGAGGAGGAGGGGGAGCCGCGAGGAAGGGCAGCCCCAGGCUCCCCAAGGACGGGCGGGUGCGGGUGCGGAUGAGCAGGGUCGGGAACCACGAGGAGCCUUCCCAGGGCAAGCAGGAGCCUCUCCAGGAGGGUCAGGAGCCCCCCGGGAACAGCAGAGCCCCCGCAGCUGCCGCAGGUGGAGAACGAGGUGCGGGAGCUGCUGGCCAAGGAAGGGCUGCGGGCUGAAGGGAAGAUCGAGAUCAAGAUCGUGACGGCGUCGUCGGGGGGCGAGGAGGAGGAGGCGGCGCAGUGGCUGUCGGAGGAAGAUUCCCGGAGCCUGAAGGAGAUUUCUCCUCAGCAUCUGGUGCAGGGCACAGAGGAGGCGCAGAAGGAGCGGCGGCGGCAGCAGGCACUGGAGGACAAUUAUCGCUUCGUGUGGGGGGCAGCGAGGAGCCCCCUCCCCCCGCUGACUCUGAGGACCAAGACUUCUGAUCCCCCAAAUUCUGAUCCCUUAAAUCUUGAAUGUCCCCCCCGAA